ACCUUGGAAACUACAUCUGCGACAGAGGAAAGUACAACAGAGGUAACUGAAACUACUUCAACAGAAGCAACAAGUGCAACGUCAAGCACGUUGGAAAGUUCAACAGAAGCAACAAGUGCAACGUCAAGCACCUUGGAAAGUACAUCUGCGACAGAGGAAAGUACAACA